AUGAGACACGCAAUGGAGGACGGGGUCAGCGAGGUGCUGUCCAGCGUGGUGGAGGAUGUGGGUGGAGCCAUCAGCAGAAAGGUGGGCGGGUCUCAGCUGCUCUGUGACCUCCUGACGGCUCCGUGGCUGAGCUCGCUGCUGAAGAUGUACGAGUGCCUGUUGCGGUUCCAGAGGUCGACGCCCAGCCCCUUCCUGCCUUACGCCUCAGGCCUUUCUCACCAGAUCAUGGCUGAGAUCCAGACACUUCACCGUCCAUCAGCUGAGGCUCGAGAACUGUCCAGUCUGCUGGGGUGUCCUCACCUGCAGGCUCUCCUGUCGUCCCAUGACAGCGUGGCCCAGUCAGAUUAUGGACCGGUCUUACCGCCGCUGCCGGACCAGUUCCCUGAGGACGAGGAGGCCAUGAGGAUCGUGUGUCUGGUGAAGAACAACCAGCCGCUGGGGGCGACCAUCAGGAGGGACGAGGAGACCGGAGGGAUCUUCAUCGCCAGAGUGAUUCAUGGAGGACUGGCCGACCGCAGCGGACUCCUCCAUCCUGGGGAUCUGGUGGUGGAGGUGAACGGGAACCCGGUGCUGGGUCUGGAGCCGGAGCAGGUCAUCCAGAUCCUGAUCCACUCUCAGGGAACGAUCCUGUUCAAGGUCGUUCCCCACGCCGCUCAGAGCAGCAGCGGCCACAUGUCGGUGUACAUGAAGGCCAUGGUGGACUACUGCCCCCUGCAGGACGCGUCCAUCCCGUGUGCGGACGCCGGGAUGGCGUUCAGCCGAGGCGACCUGCUGGAGGUGGUGGACCAGUCGGACGGCCGCUGGUGGCAGGCCCGGAAGCUGCCGUGCUCCGUGUCCUGUGCCGGACUCAUUCCCUCGGCCAGCAUGUUGAAGAGUAAACAGAGGGAGCAGUGGUGGAGUCAGCCCCAACCGGGCCACAGCUGCAUCCGGCCCUGUGAGCACUCUCUGUUAACACCACUCAGCUCAGUGCAUUCAGCAGUGACGCUGGCUGAGAACGAGGACGAUGCUGAGGACAAACGCAGCCUCACAGAUCUGGAGGAGCUGAGUUUCGAUGAGGCUGAUUGUGAUGUCACUGAUGGAAUCUACCUGGCUGGUUUCCGUCGUACUUUCCGUCUGUGGAGGAGAACUUCCUUCAGGAGGAGACGCCAGUCCUGCACCUCCUGCUCCCCCAACAGCAGCACUCUGUCCACUCCUUAUGAGGAGGUGGCUCUGUACCAGCGCCCCCCGCAGGAGAACCACCGCCUCAUCAUCCUUGUUGGAGCCUCAGGAGUCGGAGUCAGUGAACUGAGGAAGAGACUCAUCAAACUGAACCCGUCCACCUUCCAGGGACCCGUCCCUCACACCACUCGUCCAAUCAGAGCGGGGGAGCAGACAGGAAGAGAAUACCACUUCGUCACCAGAGAGCUGUUUGAGUACAUGAUCUGUCACCACAGGUUUGUGGAGUACGGUGAAUAUAAAGCUCACCUGUACGGGACGAGCACGGACGCCAUCGAUGACGUGAUGAGACGAGGACGGAUGUGCAUCGUGGACGUGGAGCCACAUAGCGUCCAGCCGCUGAGGACCAGGAAACUGAAGCCGUACGUGAUCUUCAUCAAAGUGCCCGAGCCCGACCGACUGAGACAGACCAGGAGAGACGCCCGGCUCAUCAGCAGCUGCAGCAUCAGCAGAGCGUUCACAGAGGACGACUUCUUGCAGCUGGAGGAGACGUCCCACACGCUGGAGACAAAGUACAAGCAGCUGUUCGACCGCGUGCUGGUGAACGAGGAUCUGCAGGACGCCGGCGUGCAGCUGAGCUCGCUGGUCCAGCAGGCGCAGGACGAGCCUCAGUGGAUCCCUGUGAGCUGGAGCCGGCCUGAGGCCUAG